UCCUUUCUUUCUCGGGUCUCCAUACGAAGAAAUAAAUUCCUUUGAAACCCCAUUGUGUAAAUAUCACAGCGCACUGCCAGAUCUAGCCACACCAAUGGCUUCUCCACCGACACUUCCGAUUUCCGGCCCUCAGUCGGCUGCCGGAGCUCCAUCUCAGCCACCCAUCGCCACUCCUGCCUUCCGCGCUUUUCUCUCUCGUUUGACCUCCUCCGUCCGCCAAGGCUUCUCCCAUCGCCGCCCAUGGUCGGAGCUCGUUGAUCGGAGUUCUAUGGCUCGCCCCGACAACCUUUCCGAAGCCUAUUCCCGGAUCCGCAAGAACUUCUCAUACUUCCGUGUCAAUUACAUCACCCUCUUUGCCCUUGUUCUCGGUUUUUCUCUUCUCUCCCACCCGUUUUCUCUCUUGACUCUUCUUUCACUCCUCGCUGCUUGGAGCUUUCUCUACAUUUUCCGUCCUUCCGAUCAGCCGCUGGUUAUUCGUGGCCGUACUUUUUCGGAUUUCGAAACGUUGGUUGGGUUGGGGGUUUUGACUGUGAUUGUGGUGUUCCUCACUAGUGUUGGAUCGCUCCUGAUUUCGGCGUCGAUGAUUGGAUUUUCCAUUGUGUGCAUUCACGGUGCGUUUAGGGUUCCAGAGGAUCUCUUCCUUGACGAUCAAGAGCCUGUAAAUGGAGGAUUCCUGUCAUUUCUCGGUGGCGCCGCCUCUGCUGCUUCAGCCGCAGGUCCUGCAAUUGCAGCGCGUGUAUAGCCAGAUCCUGAUCGGCGCCUGAUGAACGAACUGAUGGCAGUUUGAUUAUGGGUUAGGCUUACUUGUUGUACUCUCUUCAGUUUUAAUUCUUGUGAUCUGUAAGAACUGGAUUAGGGUUUGUUCUCUCAUAACGUAGGUUGUAUCUCAAGAUGCUGCAAAUUUAUAUAUCAACAUUUUUGUUUAGUUGUUCUAUAUACAAUACAACGAAUCGGAGUCUGUAUCACUUAGGGCGAUUAUUACGCAAUUCUUUUACUAUAGUCUCUCAUUUCUUUAGAUAACGCUUCAACCCCGUUGUCAUGUACGUUGCUACUAUGGUCCUGUUUAAUUUCAGAUCUUGUUUUCUUCUAAUGAAAUUCAAAGUGUGUCAAUUGUUUGGUUA